AUGGAAAUCGAGGAUUUCAAAGGUAUCUUUUACUGGGAAUGGGGUCAUCGUAUGAUUGGUCGCUUCAUUGGCAUGUCCAUCCUCUUGCCUGGCAUCUACUUUGCUCGUCGUGGCUACAUGACCAAAUCUGUUCAAAAGCAAGUCUUGUUCAUUGCAAGUGUCAUGGGUUUCCAAGGUUUUAUGGGUUGGUUCAUGGUCAAGUCUGGUUUGAAUGAGGCCUUGAUGAAGGAAGUGGGUGCUGUACCUCGUGUUAGUCAAUACCGUCUCACGGCUCAUCUCUGUACUGCAUUCAUCAUUUAUGCUGGUGCCAUCUUCUCUGCUGCUGGUAUCCUACGUAACGACAAGUUGGCCAAGGGCACCUACCCUAAACACGUUGCGGACAUGAUCAAUAGCCCUGUCUUGAAACAAUUGCGCAAAUACUCUCACUGGCUGGGUGGUCUCAUCUUCAUUACUGUCCUGUCGGGUGGUAUUGUAGCAGGUCUAGAUGCUGGUUUAAUCUACACUGAAUACCCCAAGAUGGGCGAAGGCUACAUUCCUCCCAAGAACGAGCUCUGGAGCGACCAUUAUGUCAAGCCUCAGGAUAAGGGUAAAUGGCGCAACUUGUUGGAGAAUCCAGUAACUGCUCAAUUCGAUCAUCGUACAUUAGCUGAAUUCACGGCGUUGUGUACAACUGGCUUCUGGCUCUAUUCUCGACGUUUGCCAUUGCCUCCCAAUGCGCGUGCUGCUUGUAACGCCAUGAUGCUUGCUGCUGCUACUCAAAUUACCUUGGGCAUCUGUACGCUUAUCUACAUGGUGCCCAUUAGCUUGGGCGCUGCUCAUCAGGCCGGUGCUUUGGCUUUAUUGACUUCUAAUUUUUGGGUUAUUCAUGCAUUGCGUAAAGUUCCAUUGUAG